GUUCAACACGAUAAUUUCUGAUUCGAGUGGAAGUAGUCUCUUCUACUAGUACGAUCGGAUACGAUGUAAAAUACAACUGACCCUGAUAAAUAGUAUGAGAUAAUUUCAUAAUGCGCGACACUCGUUUUCAAUGUGCCUGAUUCGUAACUAAAUAUGGCGUUACAAGUCUAUUACAGUCUCUUGAUACGUCAGUUGAAAAGUAUAUCACUUUAAGGGGAUCCUAAACUCGAGAUCAAACUCCAAAAAUUCACUGUUUUAUUGACGAUUUGUGAGUAGAAACAUCGCUGCUUGUCAGAUAAAUACCACUCCAUUUGCAAAGAUGGGAAAGAUAUAUGAGCGUCGUCUGGAAGAACCAACGCCAAAUGUAUCUAUGGCAGAAGUCAUACUAAACAAAUUGCGCGAGAACGGCGAUCGUGUCUAUGCAAUAGAUGGACCAACCGGCAAUCGGAUGACAUAUAGAGAUCUCCUCCAGAAAAGCGUGAAGUUCACGAAGUUUUUACAAAAGUACGGAAUAAAAAUGGGGGAUAGAAUUGGUAUUGCAACUGAAAAUCGAUUGAAUUGGUUAAUACCAGUUUACGCCAGUUAUUAUAUCGGUGCUAUAGUUGCACCGUACAAUCCUAUGUACACAGAAUAUGAAUUACAGCACAUAUUAAACAUCGCGAAGCCGCGCAUUGUUUUCGUAUCUCAGCGAACCGAAAAUCUCUUCGCUAAGAUCCUACCGAAAUUAUCCUGGAAAAUGGAAUUAAUAGAACUGGACGAUCAAUCGCUCACAACAAAUGUUCGUACGUUGACGAAUAUCUUAAAUAAUGAACCGGAUGUAGACUACAUGAAAUACAAGCCUGCAGCUAUUGAUGAUCCCAGUCGGCAUCCGUUGGUUGUUCUCUGUUCGAGUGGCACCACGGGGUUGCCGAAAGGAGUGACGCUGCCUCAUAAAAAUCUAAUGGCGUUUUUAACAAAAAUAAGCAAACCUGAAAACGCGGACACAAGAAGUGGUGACAGAAUAUUGAUACUGGUACCGUUUUAUCAUGGUUACGGGGUGGGUAUGCUGUUACUCAGUCUUUUCGCGAACUGCACCUGUAUUAUAAUGCCCGCAUUCGAGCCGCAACUCUUUCUAACCCUAGUGCAGGAAUAUAAGAUCACCCAUCUGCCGCUGGUGCCGCCAAUCCUGACGUUCUUGGCAAAACACCCGCUGGUAGAUAGUUAUGACUUUUGCAGCGUGAGAGAACUCAUCUGCGGAGCAGCGCCGCUUGCGAAGGAGAUCGUAACCGCGGUGAAGACUCGCAUCAGCAUAAAAUGCAUUCGCAAUAUAUACGGCAUGACGGAGUUGUCGUUAGUGAACAAUAUGAGCAGACGCGAUGAUGAUGAUGAAGAGUUCGAAAAUCCAGGAUGCGGUCGGAUCUUCCCUGGUUUCCUCUGCAAAGUGAUCAAUCUCGAAACAAAAGAGACGCUGGAGGCUGGCCAGGUGGGCGAGAUCUGCUAUUUCGGAGAGCAAGUGAUGGCUGGUUACUGGAACAAUCCCGAGAUGACCAGACAGAUCAUCGACCAGGACGGAUGGCUUCACACCGGCGACAUUGGCUAUUUCGACAACAAGGAAAAGCUACACGUGAUCGAUCGUGCUAAGGAUCUGAUCAAGUACAAAGGCUAUCAAGUCUCGCCUUCGGAGAUAGAAACCGUCUUACUGUCGCAUCCCGCGGUAAAAGACGCCGCGGUCGCUGCCAAACCGGAUGAACGCAGCGGCGAGAUCCCCGUGGCUUUUGUAGUGAACCAACCUGGCGCCACAAUUACUGCCCAAGACUUACAGGAGUUCGUCAAACUGAAACUAUCGCCGCAAAAAUGGCUGCGUGGCGGGGUGCACUUUGUCGAUGUCAUACCGAAGAAUCCUGCCGGCAAGAUUCUACGCCGUGAACUUCGAGUAAUAAUUUCUAAACUGUAAUAGUAAAAAUCGCAUGUCAAUAGGCUUGCUUAUAAGUAUGUAUAAAUUUUCCUCGAAAUAGACCAAAGAAAAAUAAUUGUGUUAACAAAGUACAAUAAUUUUUAAUAUUUUUCAUAUCGCCAAUAGCAAAUUGACAAUUGCUGGCAAUCGUUAAGAAAAAUGCCAUGGUACGUGUGUUAAGAAAUAUUUUUGCGUUAAUGAACGUCUUACUGCGAAGAAGAGUAAGCUCCGCGAAUUUCUUCGCUACCGAAACGUAAAUUUAUUGCAGUUUGUUCACACGUUGAUUAAUUCGUAAGUAAACCGUUGAACAACGUUAUCGAUUAUAUACGAGUGCUCGGUGAACCGCUUAAGUACAAUAUGUAGCGAAACACCACAGCGAGAGGGUGUUUCGAAUUAUAUUACACGAUAUCACUCUUGCGCCGAUACGCGGUGCUAUUAAAAUAAAUAAAGAAACCUGUUGCAU